CAGAGUUAUUAGAGUUGGCAACUCUGCUCUGUUCUUUCCAAUUCUUUUCGACGCGUUUUAGGGCGUAUCUCAGCACCUAAUUAUUCCACCUAGGUUACAAACAACAUGCCACGAGAAAUCAAAGAGAUCAAAGAUUUUCUCCUGAAAGCCAGGAGGAAGGAUGCAAAAUCUGUGAAAAUCAAGAAGAACGCGGACAAUGUUAAGUUCAAAGUUCGCUGCUCUAGGUUUUUAUACACCCUUGUGAUUACUGACAAGGAGAAGGCUGAGAAACUGAAGCAGUCCUUACCACCAGGUCUACAAGUAAAGGAAGUGAAGAGGAGUGAGCGUGUAUAAAAUGAUUAAAUAAACUACAUUCUUAAACAUUA